AUGUCGCCUCAGAUCGUCAUCUUCUACAACGUAGUCAUGCCGGAUCGGCCACGCCUGCGACGCGGCGCAGUGGAUCUACCCGACAUCGGUGUCAAGAUUGAAGAUUGGGGGUCCGAAUUGCGCGGCAACGCUUCUUUCACAGACGCCUGGGAGUUCGGCGUGCCCUUGGAGGCAGGCUUCAAGAUCGGCGAUAGGGUCUCCCAGGUUCUCUCCUUGACAGUGGCAGCCAGCAAUCGCGAGACCAUCCGCCCGCGGGCCGACGGUCGCCCCCGCGUUAUCCGCGGCCGCAGUGGCGCCCUGAAGAGUGCGAGGAGUUUCUGCGUCUCCUGCGCUUGCGCGGUCGACGCGGACCGCACCGCCGACGCCAGGGCCGCUCUGCAAGACUUUCCCUCUGAUCAGCGAUCGAGCCUGUUUGCUUUGCUCCGCGGCCCAGCGAGCAUGGGCAUCCGACUUGCGCUGGGAAGCAUUCUGGACUCCAUGGAGGAGCAGCUCCUCGAUUGGAAACCUCGGAUCAAAAACAACAAGGAUGCGCUGAACAAGGAGCUGGAUCGUUGGACUGGUCUCGGGCGCGUCCUCCAGCGAGCGGCCUACGGCGCCCCCGUGCAGCUGGGGUGGUCGGACUUGGAGGAGUUUGUGGUGUCUCGGGAUCCUUGCCGCUUCGGCCCAGGCGUCGGGCCGGGCCGAAUGCUCGGCAAGCAAUGCAGCUGCGGAGUGCUAUCUUUCCGCAGCAAUGCGCAGAAACACUUUGGCGACGUCGCCCCGGAGAGCAUGUGGGCCCCUUACGUCGUACAUCAGCUGAAGAACAAUUGCAUCCACGCGUUUCUGGCUGGCGAAAUUACCUAUUCUGGCACCGGCAACGUCCUCGUGCCAGCCUGCGCGAACGACGUUGACUGCAGCCUCGACGUCUGGGACACGUUGAUCCUGGACCACCCCGUUGUGGACCCGGACCACGUUCGCGAUCACGUGGCGCUCGUCGCGGCGGAAGAGCAGACGCGGGCGGUCGCGGCCGCUGCGGCGGAGAAGCAGACGGGGGCAGGCGCAGAUGUAUUCCCCGCGCUCGCGAACGGUGAGAAAGGGUCUCUCUUCGUCGAGGCCGUGGAGCGCGGUGAGCUCCACCUGUGCCUUGCGACCGCGGGCACUGACGAGGAGCCGCUCCUGCGACUGCAGCGCGGGACGUCAGUCCGCGGUCGGGUAUUCGUUUGCAUCGGUGAAUAUGUUGGCGCCGAGGCAAAUGCUAUCGCGGCCUUGAAGCGCAGCCUCCGCACUGAUCCGUCGCCGUGCUGCCGGUCGCUGCUGCCGGAGCACGGCGUGGCAUCCGCUGGCGGCCAGCGCAAUCCCAGUGUCUUCCGGCAGAUGAGUUCCGAGGAGAUCUUGAAGCAGUCCACGGACAUCGGCAAAAAGUUCACGAACGCCCAGAUGCAGUUCAUCCGCCGCGCACUUGACCGGGAAGACGGCGCUGCUCUGUGCGAAGCCUACCCUGGCACUGGCAAAUCAGCGACGGCGGCAGGCAUCAUUGCUAACGCGGCGAGCCAUUGCUCUGGCAAUGCCAAGUGCGUGGCCCUCGCCCAGCAGCGUGCCAUGCGCGACGAGCUGCUGUCCAACAUCCGAUCCGCGCUAGACGACCCGCUGGCCGCCGCCGGCGUCGGCCGACCUGCGGACGAAGCUCCGUCAGACGACGACGGUUAUCUGGAUUCGCAACUGCUAUCGGCAGUGAGCGGGCGAUUCACAGACCUGCAGAUGCGCAUCGAGGAACUGCGCAACGACCUGGCCGCCGUUCGCUGCAAUCCGGACGAGGGCACGCUCGAGCGGAGAGAGUGGUUGGAGAAGACGGAGCUGAUUCGGCACCUGUGCUUCGAGUGCGACGCCCUCCAGGAGGAAGCCGCGGAGAAGCUGUUCCACGACGUGCGCGUCUUCGCCAUGACCAUCGACGCUUUCAACCACGUCCAGAGCGGCCGCAGCUGGUUGUCCAGGAUCUUCAAGCGGUUCGAGAUUGCAUUCGUCAUCAUCGACGAGGUGCACCAGGCUAAUUUCGGCGAAGUGUACGCCGCGUUGCAGUCAGCGCCGAGCGCGGUCGUGUACUUGGACUCCGCCCAGGAGAUCCGCCACCGACCUGCGACGGAGUUCCUGCGGGAGCCGAGGCCCGACAGAGCAGGUAAUUACUACGAGUGGCAGAUGGCCUGCCACGGGAAGUCCCGCGUGCGUGCUUGGGACCAUGUUCCCGCAGACAGCGUCUUGUCCUUGCCAGUCGCACAUCGGUUCGGCCCUGCGCCUGCCAAACUCCUCAGGGCAAUCUCAGCUGUCUACGGUCGGCCUGGCCGGGAAAUCAAGUGCGCGAUCGAAUGCGCCCGAGAGAGCGGGGACUCGUCCGUGGACUUGUCGAUUGCCCCGUACACUGCGAUGCGCUUCGUGUUCUACAGGGGCGCGCGAUGGAUUCCAUCGCUAUCCCGCGGCGUACUCGCCGACGACGCAGAGGAGGUGGGCCAGGUUGAUCGCGCAGCUCCGGGCUCGUCUGCCGCGGGGGCAACGAGGUCACGAACGUCGACGUUGCGCGCCGGAGCUUCCGACGUCAUUUUCGCCCAGAUGCUGUUCGAGGGCUUGUUCUUCCUGCGCGUGCUGGCGAGAGGCGAGGUGAGCAAGCGCGUUGGCGGGCCGCGCAUGUCGCUGGAGUCGACCACGAAGGCGGUUUUGACCAUGAUCCUUGCGAACGACGUGGGCGUCAAUUUCGCCACGUUGCUGCGAGGUGCUCUGGAGGGCGAGGAAGUGCGGGCGGCGUUCGGUCUACCGGACUUCGUGGCUGAUGCCCCCAAGCUCUGGCGCGCGAUGACGCCCGAGGCUGCCAUGGGCUCCGACGGCCUCCUCGCGCAGACCACGCUGUUUCCCAGGGACCUCUCCGCGCAUGACCUGCAGGGCCACGCGAAGGAGCCCAACCGACACGCAUCAGGCUUACACCUCGGAUGCAGGCGGCGACUGGACAUCGAAAAGAUCGACUGCCGCGGGCCCGGCGCGGAGAAGCCUGCGCGGCCGGAGUGGUUCACGUCGCCCGGCGGCGCUGCGGGGGCAAGUCAGAUGUUCCGCGCCGUCACGACCUUCCGGUCCCCCAUCCCGCGCGUGGUCGCGAACCUCCGCAAUCGGGCGGCACGCGCGCAGGUGCGCCCGCUGACGGCGCAACCCAUAUCCAUUGCGCAGGCGGUCGGAGACGCCUGCGAGUGGAUGAUGGACAGAGGAGCCCUGCCGACGGCCGCUCGUGAGCAAACUUCGCAGGCGAUGCCUCUCCAGACUUCCUCGUGGGUGAGCCAGCCCGACAUGCACGGUCUCGCGUCGGACCCGACCGCGCUGCACGCAGUUCGAAGCCAACUACUCAAGCACUUGGGGGUCGUGGUUCAGAACGGCCGAGCUGCGAUUACGGCCAUGUACUUGGACGCCACUCGAGCGCGGGACGACGAAGCGGCUCCUCACAGUGCGACAGUGGAGCGCGCGAUGGCCGCAGGGCGGGUGAUUGCGUUGCAUGCGGUCCAGCUCUUCCCCGACGCUUUCGCGGCAGAGUUUCCCUUGCGGGCGACGCUCAUGCCCAGGAAGAGGCUGCGCCUGGGCGGCGCUGUGCUGCGAGAGAGCUGGGAGGCUCGCGCUGCUUUGGCAUUGGCGUUGGAGCGCCCUGGUGGUGGCGACCCGAGGAUGCUCAUGUACCAGUUCCUGGGGGAUAACAAAAAGGGCAACCGGGCAUCGGCGGACCCGCCCAACACGUUCCCCUUGCACUUCCGCGACAUGCCGAUCAACGUAGCUCAGGCUCUGGCUGCGACAUUACUUUUUUUCACUGGCGCAGAGAUCUCGGGGAAGAUGGUGGUCGUUCGCCCGCGAGCACCGACGCCUGAGCACCGUAAGGAGGCCGCGGACGUGAGUCGGGAUAUCAUAUACGCAGUGAAUUCAAUGUCUGGAAUUCUUCGCAGGAGGCACGGGCCCCCGGCCGACGUGCAUUUGCCGCGCGCACCCAACUCAGCUGGCGCCGAUGCCGCGCGAAAGUGCGUGGAGGAGGCGUUCAAUUGCAUCCUCUGCUCGAACACAGGCGUGCUGGAAUAUUUUUCGAGCCAGGGCGGCAAGAUCCGGGAAUUUUGUAUGCUCUGCGAGACGUGCAACCUGCGCAGUGGCAGCGGCUGCUGGCCCGACGAUGCGACGCCGUGCCCUGCGUGCGCAGUCUAG